GUUCACCACAGAGAGUGCUGGGAGUUGUAGGCACUACCGGCGCUUCGGAUGUGUGUUUCUGCCGAAGCCGCUUGUUCAUAGUGUUGGUGAUUAACGCAAGAAGUAAUGGAGUUUAGUUUUAACUUCGAUGUGCAAGUAGACGUGGGUGAAGAGGUACACAAUGAAGGAAAUGCAACCAAAUAUGUUGACAAUCCAGAUAAGAAUGUACAGGAACUGCCUCCACAGAUGACCAAAGAAACAAAGGAGCAUAUUUUGCCCAAGAAUUGUGAGCACCUCCUGGAGAACAUCGUCCCGGAGACUCUUUCAGUUGGUACCUUGCCUCCACUACAUUACCUUAACGAGUCGGUUUUUGAACAGACUGCAUCGGAACACGCCGACCACGAGAAUAUCCUGUCACAGAGCAUCAGCUCCCACUCUGACCUCAUCUCUGGGGUAUAUGAGGGGGGCCUGCGCAUUUGGGAAUGCACAUAUGAUCUUCUUGUGUACUUUGAGAGAGAAAAAGAGACAUUUUGUGGGAAGCGAGUCCUUGACCUAGGCUGUGGAGCAGGGUUAUUGGGUAUCUUAGCUCUAAAAAAUGGUGCAAAACAAGUUCACUUUCAGGACUACAACAGCACAGUAAUUGAGGAUGUAACAAUACCAAAUGUGUUGCUCAACUGUGAGGAAGAUCAAGAAGUGAUCUGUGACAGCUGUCCUACACCGGAGAGAAUGAAUAGGUGCAAUUUUUUUUCAGGAGACUGGUGCGGCUUUCUGCCCUUCAUUCUCUCCAGUAAACCGGCAUUUCAGUAUGAUGUUAUUCUCACAUCUGAGACCAUAUACAACCCUAGCUAUUACAAUGCACUGCAUGACAUCUUCCAGAGUCUUCUCACUCCUGAAGGUGUUGUGUACCUGGCCACUAAAGUACACUACUUUGGUGUUGGAGGAGGAAUUCACCUUUUUGAAAACUUUUUAAAAGAAAAAGACAUAUUCAACUUACGAAGUUUAACAGUGGUGGAAGAAGGCCUCCAAAGGCAUGUGGUUGCAUUGACCUUCAAAACAAAGGUUUAAAAUGCAAAGAGACAAGGACAAGGCCAAACCUCAAUGUCCAUGCAGCCAGAAGGAAUGAAAUAAUAUUACAGACUUACAUUGUUUGUUACGCAGGUAUUAAAAUAGAUCAGUGGGAUGUACUGUAUGUCUUCAAAUUAAAUCUCUGCAACACCAA